ACGAACUUUGAACGUCACACAGUGUAUGUACAUAAAUUACCUACAUGUUAGCGUUCAUUUAUUGCGGUAGUUUGUGUUGACAAUUCAACAGACGAAGGCGGCGAACACUCGAUGACGUCACAAACGCCUGCAGGUUUACUUUGCGUCCACACCACAGUUGAACAAAUAUGAGCAUGAGUCGUAAUGACACUCCUAAAUUCAGCAAUGCUAAAUACAUUUGCUCGCGCGCCCUUAGUACUUCAGCCGUCUUGAAAGCUGGAGGAGAUGCUUUACUGACAUUCAGCGCUCCAAAGCCAGAAUUGCAACUGAAACCCACUCUCUGUGACGGCACCGGGACGUUGACUCGCUUGAGAAAGUGGACAUUUUUGGAGGUUUUUGCCAUCAUAAUAAUUGCAUUGGGAAAAUGUCUUCAUGGACCAGCUCGGAGUCUUCAGCCGCAUCUGUGUCUUCUAUGAAAGUGGCUCGACCCGAAGUCAAGAUUGGCAAAGUUUUGUACAGCAAAUCCAAUGCUUACUCUGUCCUGGAUUUCAUCGGUGAAGGCUGCUACGGGAAAGUGGCGGUGUGCAAAAAUCUGGACACGUCGGAGACGGUGGCUAUUAAGAUCUUGAAGAAUGACCCUGCUGUCAAACAAGACACUGAGAAAGAGCUGUCUAUGCUGAAAAUGAUCAGUGGCCUGGAUGUAGAUUACUCCAAUUUGGUCAAGUUCUUUGAGCAGUUCGAGCACGAGGGAAACAUCUGUUUGGUGUUUGAGGUACUGGACUGCGAUCUUUUCAAUCUGCUGCAAGAGCGACAACAUCAGCCAUUCUCUCUGGACGAAAUCCGUGUCAUUGCUCAUCAGCUGCUAGUGGCCUUGGUCACCCUGAAGAGUGUCGGCAUCCUGCAUACGGACAUCAAACCUGACAACAUAAUGGUUGUUAAUAGAAAAGAACAGCCCUUAAAGGUAAAACUGAUUGACUUUGGGAAUGCACUUCCAGCAUCAAGAAUCAAGCAAGGGUUGGAGAUUCAACCAGUGGGAUAUCGAGCUCCAGAAAUUACACUCGGCCUCCCUUACAAUGAGAACAUAGAUGUCUGGAGUGUUGGCUGCAUUAUGGCCUUCCUUUUCCUGCCCGGAACCCUCUUCGCUGUCAACUGUGAAUAUCAAAUGAUGAAGCACAUCAUCUGCGUUCUGGGCCAGCCAGACGACCACCUGCUUCAUGCCGGAAAAUACACUGAAAACUAUUUCACGGAAAAUGAGGAGGUUGGAGCUUCUCAUUAUAGGCUCAUGACACCUGAGGAGUUUGAAGCAGUGAACAACGAGAAACCCAAAAAGCACGAUUAUUGCAGAGAGCUUCCCAAACCCCUGGAAGAUCUGAUUCAUUUGCUGCCCGAGGAAGAGAUUCCCGAGGAGGAGCUUGAGAAAAAGAAGGCUUUCUUGGACCUGCUAAAACAGAUGUUGCAUGUUGACGGGUCUCGACGUAUCUCUGCCUCACAAGCAUUGCAGCAUCCUUUCAUCACCAUGUCUCAACAGGCCGGCAGUGGCAGCUGGAGUCCUCUGACCAACAAAGACGUCUCCCUUCAUCCACAACGAACCCCUUCCUUAGAUGCAAAGGCUGACUUUGAGUCCAACAAGAGCAUGUUGAAGAGGAUUCGCAAAUUCCUGCGCCGAGUGACCACUGCAUUUUAUCGCAUACUGGACUGA